AGAACUACAUUCCCCAGCGUGCCGCAGGAGGGAGCAGGAGGGAGCGAGCAGCGCGCCUGCUCACUGCGCUCUCCACCAUGGCUACGGUGCUGUCCCGGGCGCUGAAGCUGCCGGGAAAGAAGAGCCCGGACCUCGGGGAGUAUGAUCCCCUCACUCAGGCUGAUAGUGAUGAAAGCGAAGAUGACCUCGUACUCAACAUACAGAAAAAUGGGGGUGUCAAGAAUGGGAAGAGCCCCCCUGAGGAGGUGCAGGAUCCUGACUCCGAUGUGGAGGUUGGGAUGACAAAGCAGCGCACGUCAGAAAGCGCGCCCGAGGGUUAUCCUGCAGAGGCGGCUGGGAGUUUGGAGCAGAAGGCUGCUCCCUCCCUCAUGCCAUACCUGCGCACGGCAGUCUUUUUGCUCACUGUGGUGAUCUCGAUGAUUCUUGUUUUGGUGUGCGCAUUUCUCAUUCCCUGUCCCCCUAGAGAUUUGCAUAACACCUGGAACCGCAACCUAGGUCAGGGAACAGGUGGAGUGUUAUCCCCUCUGGAGCUGUGUGAUGUGAACGGCGAUGGUCUUCCUGACAUCCUCAUCGUCUUCACAGCCCUGAUGAAUGCCAGUGUCAUGGGUGUCUCUAGGCCCUCUGUGACUGUGGUCGCCCUUUCUGGCAUGAACGGCAGCACCCUGUGGUCCAUCCAGCUUCCAGAGGAGACUCGGAGUGUGCAGUGCAAAGGGCUGUCUCUGGGGGCACCAGCAGAGCCCACCUGCCUUGUGACAGGAACAUCUAAAUUCCUCAGCCUUCUCAGCGCCUCCACAGGCAAGACCAUCUGGACGCUGAACUCCAUCCACCUUUCUGAUGGGAUCCUGGCUGCACCGGCUGCAACUCUUCCAGAUGUUGAUGGAGAUGGCGUUAGGGAUAUUGUUGUUCUGGCUCUCAAAGAGACGCAGCCUGAUGUGUUUUUCGUCUUGGUGUCAGGAAAGACCGGGACUGAUUUGGGUGGGCCUGUGAAGUACAACAUCAAUGGAGAGGGGAAAGUGAUUGGCCCUCAUGUCCAUAUCACCAGCCGGGGAGCCAUCUACAUCCUGUUUGGUUUUGGUAAUGUCCAAGCAGUUGCCCUGAGGGAUAUCUUUACCCAAGCCAGAAACCGUGACAGCUUUCCUGCAAUGCUGCAGCAGGAGGAGCCAGAGUGGGAAAAACGCAGAUCUGUAAACCUGUCAGAGCUCAUUGACAUUUACAGUGGGGGUGUUGAAUUCCUGCAGAUGAUGAAGACUCCUGACACAAACUGCAGCGACCUGCUCAUCACCAGCAAAGAGGGCUUGAUCCUACUACAGGGACAGGACCUGGAGCCCCGUUGGACUCUGGAAAUGCAGAAUAUCAGCAGCCAGCCUGUGCCGGGUUACUUCAGUGCUGAUCAAACUCUGGACUUCAUGCUGCAAGCACAGACUGGAGAUGGGAACAAAAAGGUGGUGGUGAUAGAUGGCAAAUCUGGCAUCCCUGUUUGGAACCAGGAACUCCCAUGGCAGAAGCAGCAACUUGAUGCACUGUCAGUCAUGACUUUGGACAAGAAAUCUGUUUUUCUUUUCUGGGCUGACGAAGCACAGCCUGUGUUACAAAGUCUGCAACCUGGUCCCAGAUCUGAACGCCCAGGGCUGCACCACCUUUAUCUCCUCCAUCCUGUUUUUCCUACAGUGCUUUUGGACCUCACCAAUGCAACAGACAAAGUCCUUGCUUCAGCAAUUGGAAUUAAUGACCUCCAGAAGGAUGCAUUUCACAUCACUGUGACAACAACUGCAACCUCUGAAAAACAGCCAGGAUUUCUCUCAGUCAGCAAGCUGGGCCUGAAGUGGGCCAUGAUGACUCAAGGUCGAAUGAUGUGGCUAAAGGACUCCACCACUCCCAGAAUCAGCCGUGGAGAAGUGAGGCGAUUUCUUACCCGGCUAAAAUUUGUUGACUUCCCUCACAAGCUCUAGCCUAGUGGUUCCUCAGAUUUUGGCUGGACCUAUGGCCUGCAUGGGGAAUAGAGGAAGCUGCUCUGUGGGUCUUCAGGAAAACUGCUGUGUAGAGGGAACGGGGGCCAAACGCACUUCCCCUUUCUCCAGCUCUUUGGGGAAUGCUGCUGGAGGCAGGUUUGUCCUAGGAAAACCUGUCCUGUCCCAGAGGAACCUUGUUCAGUGUUUCCCCCUCCAUAUGCUGUUCUUGCAUGCUUCCUUCCAGGUAACAUGGAAAUGUGAAUUUAGAGCUUAUAUACAUACAUAUAUAUAAACUAGGUUAUAUAUAUAUGGAAAACUAUUGUUUUCCAGUUAUAUAUAUAUAUGUAUGUAUCAAUUUAUACAAUACAUGUAUAUUUUUUGUAAGCUUAAUUUAUGAACAGAUUUAGGACACUCCUUUUUAUGUCCAAACAGUAUUCCCAGGCAGACAAACAAGCUCUAGGCCUAAGGUGGGCUAUGAUGACUCAAGGCAAAUGGUGUGGGUAAAGGACACAUCUAUUUUAAUGUUUAUAUUUUUGGAAAGAAGCCUCUGUCUGGCUCCUGUAGGGCAAGUCUUGUCUACAACCUUUUCUGUGCUCUCAGUCCUCUUCUCCAUUCUGUUGCCAACCUCACAAACAAACAAACUCUUUUGCUGAAUUACCUGAUCUAGAGAAAGAUAGCUGCAACAGCAUUUCCCAGCCUUUGCACUUUUGUAUUUAUUUUCCCAGUCCCAAGUUCAAAGCAAGUUUAUGUGGAUAACAUAGAAGUAAAAGGUUCGUAUCUCAUUUCUACCUCCUGUUCAUCCAUCCUCAAGCUUUUUAUGAACCUGAGUGUCACUGUAAUGUCAUAGUGCAGUCCAGUGGGCUGGGUCCCCCCUUGAAAAGCAUUGCAGCUCUUUUGGGAUAGACUCCCAGCAGAUCCCUGCUGGCACUGUAAAGAUCACAGUAGAUCCAGUUGCAGAGAAGCUGAUUCUCACACUACUGCUUCAGGUUUUAGAGGCUCAGACAGAGAAGCAGAGAUGGAAAGCUUUUCUGUGCACUUGACCCCUAUUCUGGGCUCAACCUGACCAUUCUCCUGCCAGCCCAGCUCUAUGUGCAGUUCCAGAAGAAGCAGACUGCCCCUGGGGCACGUUUUCUCUCAGUACAUUUAGUGCUUUGAACUGUGCCUCUGAGUGUUCCAUCAGUCUCCUGCGUUGUAGUUGCAGAGCAUCUACAUGAAGCUUCCUGCGACAGAAAUGACCAUGUAUAAAUCGGCCGCUUUGGUGCCCCAGUAGCUCCCAACAAUGCAGGACAACAGCAUGUUGCCUGUUUUCCAGACAUGCCUUUCUUUCUAGGUCUGACCUUUAAUAUCAGGCAGAACCAGGGUGAGGUGAGAACUGCAAAUGGCUCUUCUGUCCUCCUGCAGGCAUGUAACCCUUCCUGCCUCCCCAUACUUUCCUCUGAGUGGUGAGGUGAUGGCAGGACUUUGAUCCUCCCUUCACAUGGGCACAGCUACCAUGGGCUUACUCUCCUGGGUUCUUGACACCUCUUCCUGUGAUGUCACCCUUUCUUCUCCCUGCAUCUCUGUGCAAAGUUUCCAGGAUAGCUCUUCAGGAUUAGCUGCAAACCCCAGGGCUGGUCCUUGGGUCCUUCUCUCCUAAUGUCAGACCCUGAGAACAGUUUAUAUAUGUUUAAUGGUAUUUUUCUGUAAAUAGCUUUGUAUAUAUUAGCACAACUGUAGCAACAGCUCUAGGCCUGGGAUUUUCCUCCAGACAGAGGUUAGUAUUUAUAAUAUUAAGUUAGAUGAUACAGAUGCAUAAUAGGGACUAAAGUAUGAGGAUCAGCAACAUACGAAGAUUAAACAGGAGUGCACCUUUCCUCCUGUCUAGCCACCACCUUGCUGGGAAAGGUGAGGCAUCUGUUACCUGUAGUAUUGUCCUGAGGUUCUUCCUGAGAGAACUGAUACUUGAGUGCAGUGACACUAGCUCCUCCAUAAUGUGAAUUCACCCCACCCACACACACGUCCCCUCUGUGAAUAAAGAGUCUGUCUGUAUAUUGUUGGGAAAAUGUAUUUGAACUGUGAACUGCAGUGGAUCAAAUAAAUACUGUGUACAGCA